AUGCGCGACGGAGACUUGAGCAGCGCAGAAAGUGCAAUACGAACAGCUCAACUUUCCGGUAUUACACUACCCGAAGACAUUGUCAAUAUCGUGCUAAGAUAUCACGCAUUGCACGGAAAUACGGAAGUAUUCGAAGGAUUCAUGGCAAAUAUUUUGACCGGCAAACCUUCUGAAACUCAACGAGAUCUGCAUAUCAAAUCGUACCUGCGCGACCCGGCUGUCUUUGCAUCGCGCGCAUUUCCCACUCGUGCUAUUGACCUUCUACAUAAGUAUGAAGUUUCUGGCCUCCAUGCCCCCAUGAAAUCCUAUUCACGUAUUAUAUCCUCCCUAUUCUCUGUCUGUCCCUCUCCUUCACCUCCCUCGAUAUGCUCAACACUGGACGCACCAUUAGGAAGACUGGCCGCGAAUUCACAAGCUUGGGACCUUUUCGCGCACAUGCGCUAUGUUGCGCACCCGACCCCAGAUGCUCACCUCUACGCGUUGAUGAUCCGCGCGUGUGCUUCAGCAUCCUCAUCUCCCGAACCCGAGCGUGCCCUGGACCUGUGGACUGAGAUGCUCGACGCGGGAAUUGUGCCGACCGAAGGGGCAUACGAUGCGGUGAUCCGUGCUUGUGCGAAGGCUGGGGGAGAAUGGGUUUCCGAGGCCAUCAGGUUUGCGCGGCAAAUGCGCGACCGCUUUGGACGCGGUUCUUCUGAAGUUGGUGGUGGGGACCUUGAAGGGGUUGGCGGGCCACGUACUUGGACGGCUCUGCUGGACGGCUGUAAGCGUGUGGGUGAUUUGGGGCGUGCUAGAUGGAUCCUGGCAGAAGCUGUAAGAGCUGACGGUCUAACUGACGAGAUGAUGCAGCACAUAUUCCACGCUUAUGCCGCGUACAGACCCCCGUUCAAAAGGGGUGCAACGAGGAUCGUGAACGACGGGGCGGUUGUAGCAUCAGCUUUGAAUCAAGAGGGACCGCUCGCAACCGCCACCGAGUGCCCAUCAGACCCGCCCCCAAAAUCUGCAGGUGUUUCUUCCGAUUCCGGUGCAGUUCCAAAGGAUUUGGCUCAUAUGGCUACAAUGCCUUCAUUUUCGCACCUCCCACCCCAAUCACCGGGCGAGGUCGUCGCAGAGGCCACGGCUCUCUUCGAUAGAAUCCUUCAAGAUGCUAGCCCUGCCUCUCGUUCAUCCUCAAACACGCCUCCCGACCCUUUCGCUGGAAGAUUCAACAUCAGACUCACACCACGCCUCUUCAACGCGUACAUAUCCGUGUAUUACUCACAUGCGAGUCUGGAAAGUGCGCGCGAUGUGUUUGAGAGGCUGUUUUCAUCUUUUAGCGUUGACCUUAUGGGUGAUUCACGCGCUUACGUCGAUGCCCUUGAGAGGUGUGCACUUUCAAGGUCGCAUGAACGUGAUAUUGCAGGAACAUGGGCUGAUGAACUAUGGACGCGUUGGGAAGAGCUUGAGCUUGAGUGGGCCAGUGGGGCCACGAAGACGACAGUAACUGCCAGGCUAGUUGAGAGAGCACACACUGCUAUCAGAAGGGUUCAUUCCUUAAAUGGUGAUGUUGACCGUGCAAUCACACUGCUCCGCACAUUUAUGUCGCGGUAUCCUCCAACCGCGCUGCUGCCUCCGGCCCGCAAUCCAUCGUCUGUUGAUGGAGAUGCUCCCAGCAUGAAAAAACGUACGAUCACUCUCUUCGCAAAACCACCCAUUCUCUCGACACGAACGGUCCUCAAUAAUCCAUCCGCUACGCCUCGCCCCCUCGUGCGCCUCACAUCAGCCAUCGGUCCACCUGAUGAGCGUGUACCGCCUUUGCUGAGUUUCGCGGAUGUGGAGUUGCUGCAUGCCCGAUUAGUAGAGCAGGGUAGGGUUAAAGAAGUAGGGUUUCUGAAGUGGGCGUGUAAGGCGUAUGAGGGAGCGCUGAGAACUCGUAGGGAAGCUGUCCUUGGAGCGGUUCCGGCGGGAGAGGAUGUCCCAUGA